CUUCUGUUCCGCUGCGGCAAGUUCCCGCGUCCGCUGCCGACAGUCCCGCCGCGGUCCAGGUAUUUUUUUCUGAACAGAAGCUGCAUCAACAUAUGUUUCAAGGAUGGCUCUUCCUAUCAUCGUAAAAUGGGGUGGACAGGAAUAUUCAGUGACCACACUUUCAGAAGAUGAUACUGUGCUGGAUCUCAAACAGUUUCUCAAGACCCUUACAGGAGUGCUACCAGAACGACAGAAAUUACUUGGACUUAAAGUUAAAGGCAAACCUGCAGAAAAUGAUGUUAAGCUUGGAGCUCUCAAACUGAAACCAAAUACUAAAAUCAUGAUGAUGGGAACUCGUGAGGAGAGCUUGGAAGAUGUCUUAGGUCCACCUCCUGACAAUGAUGAUGUUGUCAAUGACUUUGAUAUUGAAGAUGAAGUAGUUGAAGUAGAAAAUAGGGAAGAAAAUCUACUAAAAAUUUCUCGCAGAGUAAAGGAGUACAAAGUGGAAAUUUUGAAUCCACCCAGGGAAGGGAAAAAACUUUUGGUACUAGAUGUUGAUUAUACAUUAUUUGACCAUAGGUCUUGUGCAGAGACUGGAGUAGAAUUAAUGCGGCCAUAUCUUCAUGAAUUUCUAACGUCUGCAUAUGAGGAUUAUGACAUUGUUAUCUGGUCUGCAACAAAUAUGAAGUGGAUUGAAGCUAAAAUGAAAGAGCUGGGAGUGAGCACAAAUGCAAAUUAUAAGAUUACCUUCAUGUUGGACAGUGCUGCUAUGAUAACAGUGCAUACACCAAGGAGAGGAUUAAUAGAUGUAAAGCCUCUUGGUGUUAUAUGGGGAAAGUUCUCGGAGUUUUACAGCAAAAAGAACACCAUUAUGUUUGAUGACAUAGGAAGAAAUUUUCUAAUGAACCCACAGAAUGGACUAAAGAUAAGGCCUUUUAUGAAAGCACACCUAAAUCGAGAUAAAGACAAAGAACUUUUAAAAUUAACUCAGUACCUCAAGGAAAUAGCAAAAUUAGAUGACUUUUUGGACCUAAAUCACAAAUAUUGGGAAAGGUAUCUCUCAAAGAAGCAAGGACAGUAGUUCCAAGUUAUGCUGGCAGCUAUUGAAGAUACUUGAGAUCCACGAACUCUUGCUUUUAUGCUAGAAAUCAUUAUAAUAGUGCUGGACACUGAAGCAAAUACCAGACUGCUUAUACUUGGUCUUCCAGUUUUUUGUAAAUUUAAUUUUAUAUUUUUUGAAGAUCAUAGCAAUAUGCUAAAAAUAUUCUCUUUUUUCCCCUAUGUGAAUAUACUGUUACUCUUGAAAAAUAUUUUCUCCAGGAUUGAGUACUGAGUUUUUUCCCUCCAUGUACACAAAAAGGGGACAAAAAUGUAUAUUCAACAAUGUCAUUGUGUGACUUUGGAAACAACUUAUGUCCUGUGUUCCUGCCUUAUUUAUGUUGUUGUCGGACUAAAUCUAAGACCAAACCCAUCUUGAAACUACUGUGUUUCCUUUUAAAACAAAAUAUAUAUAUAUUUUUUUCAGUAAGGAACCUAGUUUGGUAUGCUUAAAAUCACCCAGAGUUUUUUUAUUCCUUUGACAUAAACACAAUUUCCCUUCUUCCUCCACUAUUUACAUCUCUAAAUUCUGAGCUGUCUCAGUUCGGUUGUAUGUGUGUCAAUGUUCUUUGAAUAAAACUGGAAAAUGUCAGCAGUGAUACUGAUAUGUCAUAGUAUGAAAAAUAUAAAGUAUAAGAUUGAAGAAUAAAACUAAGGAACACGAAUGUUUCUUUUUGGUGGCUAAGUAGAAACAUUUCUGCCUAAAACCAUUGUCAUAAAAGCAGUUAAAGGCAAUACUUUUUAAAAUGGGACAUAUCACUGAUCCAGCCCUAAAAAAGCAUGAACAAAAAGUUUUUGUUCUGUUUUAGCUAUAUCCUGUUAAGUGCAAACACUGUGUUUCAGUGAAAAUAUCUAGCCAUAGCUUAAAAAAAUUAUUUGCAAUGCUUAAGCCUGCAGAUAUGUAAUGUGACCACUGUUUUGUGUUGACAGUAUUGCUUUAUACAGUUCUUGUAUUUGAAAGGAAUCUGAUUCUUUCAAAUGAACAUGGUGUAUAUUGUUCUUACGGGACUAUUU